CGGCAGCCCUUCUGGAAAUACCCUGCUCCUCAACUUCCUUCUCCCCCUCCACCUCCUCCUCGUCGUCGUCCUUCUCCUCCUCCUUUGAUGGGCCCACUGGCAAAGUGUCAAAAUUUGCUGAUAACACAAAAACUGCUAGUAAAGUAACUGCGACACUCGACGAAGAAGCUUCACAAUCAGAUCUAGAUCGACCUGCACGUUGGGCCAAUCAAUGGCAAAUGAAAUUUAACGUUGACAAAUGUAAAGUGUUGCACAUCGGAAAAAAUAACAAUCGCGUUCGGAACGUAAUGAAUGGCCCACAACUUUCUGCAUGAGAAAAGUGAAUCUUGGAUGUGAUGUGGUCCCGGGUGUGGGGCAGAAAUGGUGCGGCUGGGGCGGUGGCGGUGGUGGUGGUGGUGCUUCUCGCCGGCCACCCCCACCCCGCUCAGGCAAGGAUUGGUAAAUUUUGGCACGUAACUGACUUCCACUACGACCUUAACUACACCACGAGCGGCGACAUCAAUAGCAUGUGCUGGGAUACCGACGAUGACUCAGGUGACGCAGGUGAGUACGGCGACUACCUCUGCGAUGCCCCGAUGUCUCUUAUCACCUCAGCCGUGGACGCGAUGGUCAAGUUCGAGAGUAACCCGGACUUCAUACUGUGGACCGGGGACGACACGGCGCACGUCUCGGAUGACCACUUCAGCACCAGCAUCGUCGUGGAUAUCGUCACCAACCUCACAAGCCUCCUGGACAGCCGUUUCCCCAACACUCACUUUUUCCCCGUCCUCGGCAACCACGACUUCUUCCCCAAAAACCAGGUUCCGGUGGGUGCAAGCUCCCUUCAGGCAUCGGUGGCGGGGCUGUGGAAGCCGUGGUUUGACAGGCUGCGGACGGAUAUAUACAGCGACUUCAAGACUCGCGGGUGGUACUGGGGCGACGUGCCGAACUCCAACGUGACGGUGGUGGCGCUCAACACGCUCAUCUGGUACAAGAGCAACAACCACACAGACCUCCUCCCCGACUAUGCGGCCGGAGCCCUCGACCCCGGCAACCAGUUCUCGUGGAUCGACUCCCUCCUCACCGACCUGGAAGAGAGGGGCCGGCGGGUGUACAUCGUGGGCCACAUCCCUCCCGGCACCUUUGAGCGGUACCAGCAGGAGACGAAGGGCUUCCACUGGUACCAGCCCCGCUACAACGAGGCCUUCAUCCAGCUGAUACAGGAACAUGCUGACGUGAUCGAGGCCCAGUUCUUCGCCCACCACCACACCGACUCCUUCAGGCUGUUCUUCGACGAGGAUAGAGUCCCUGUGUCCUAUCAGCUCCUGGCGCCGGGAGUCACGCCCUGGCGAUCCACGCUGUCGGAGGAGACGGGCGCCAACAACCCGGGCAUCAGACUCAUCUCCUACGACACCGAUACUGGCAGGGUGAUGGACGUGCACACCUACUACCUGGACCUGUCUGCGGCCAACCAAGCGGGGCGGGCUGAGUGGCGGCUCGAGUACAACUUCUCGUCCACGUAUGACCUGAACGAGCUCACCCCCGACACCCUCUACGAGCUGGCCAAGGAACUCAAGGACGACAGGGACACCUUCAACGCCUACUACAGCGCCAACACCGUCAGCCUGGAGGACCCCGAGGUGUGCGAGGAGCAGUGCCGCCGCCUCCACUGGUGCGCCAUCACGGAGGUCGACUACGAUCGCUUCUACAGCUGUAACGUUGCCGGGAGGGUCGCGCCCGUGUGUGCCGCCCUCAGCCUGCUGGCCCCGCUGCUCCUGGCCCUGCUGCCGCGCUAGUCACCCGCCUGUCUGUCCGUCUGUCUGUCUUUAUGUGUGUGUAUUCCGGGACAUGCUUAACGAACGAUGAUGCUGAGGUUAGUUUCCAUAAUGCUAGUCUGUUUUAGUAUUUCAUUGGCUGUGUUCUAGCACCCUGUAUUCUGUGUAUAGAGUAGUUUACUUAUAUAUAAAUGGCAUGCUUCCAAGGUGACUUAAUGUAAUGUCGUAUAUGUGUGUGUUCCAGGAUAUGUCGAAGGAAUAGGCUCACAGCGUUGCCGGACAUGUUUCGCCUCAUGGUUAGUUUACGUCAGUCUCUGUCGUAGUAUUGCCUUGCAGUAGAAUCCAGUCUUGUAGUAUAAUUCCUUGUAAUAUACUUCCAUCUUGUUGUAUAAUUCCAUAUUCGGUGUACUGAUAGUGUCUUAAUACUUUUCUGUAAAAGGAUUAAUAUGUUCUUAAUUAAAUUUCACUUAAGCAGUGUUGGUCUGUGUUGUAGUAUUACGUAGUAAGUGUUCUAAAUAUUAAUAUAUAUUCUGCGUAAUAGUAGUAUUGUGUAUUUUCUAUAUAAAAAAAAACAUUUCGUUUCUCCUAAUGACAAUUUUUGUUGAAGCAUUACAUGGCAUGUGUUCUGAUAGAAUUUAUUGUCUAUUAUUUCUC